GAUUCCUGGAAAACUUCCACCGUCUAAUCAACAACCAUUUUCCAGAGCCAAGACCCGCUGUCUGCGUUCUCCUCCACCCCACCACGCGUUCUUUACACUCGGAUCAAUCUUUUGCUUUCCUUUGAAUCCUCGCUCCGCGGCGACUCGUGCCUCGAGCAUUUCCGGCAGAGCUCGUUUGUUGACGGCGCAUCGACGCGCUGACCCCUUGUCGCCAGCAGCCCGCUUGAUCGAAUCACUCCCCGCACCGCGCUCCAGCGUCGCUCCCUGGUUAACCGCUCGGCCGGCUCAUUCCAUCGCUGCAGUCUCCAUCGCUUAACCCGUUUCUUGAGCUAGGAACAUUUCAGAAGCACACAGGUGCGGCCGUCCUUAACACGUCUUUAAGAGCGCCUGAACGCCAUGGAUAAGUACACCCGCGUGGAGAAGCCGCGAACAGAGGCGCCGAUCAGCGAGAAUGAGAUUCGAAUCACGGUCGCGGGGAAGGUUCGCAACUACGUCACCUACGCCGCCACUCUCCUGCAGGAGCGCGGGCAGAAGGAGGUGGUGGUGAAGGCGAUGGGGCGCGCAAUCAGCAAGGCCGUGCUCGUGGCGGAGUCCGCGCGGCGCCGUAUCCCCGGGCUGCAUCAGUGCACGGCCAUAGGCUCCACUGACAUCACGGACCUCUGGGAGCCUCUGGAGGAAGGCCUCUUGCCGCUGGAGACCACACGCCACGUGUCCAUGAUCAGCAUCACCCUUUCCUCCGAGCCCCUUGACCCCAAUGCGACAGGCUACCAGCCGCCGCUGACACCAGAGGAGAUGAUUGAACUCCCGGAGACUUUUGCUGAGGGAGGCGAGAGAGUGGGGCGAAGGGGUCGGGGCCGCGGCCGUGGUGGCAGAGGAAGGGGUCGUGGGAGAGGGGUUGCGAUGGGAACAGUGGGGGCGGCGCCUGGAGCAGCAGCAACAGCAGAAGGAGCUGUGCCUUCACAACAGACAGACGCCCAGUAUACCCCCCAUGGCUUAGAGGCGCCUGAUGCUGCUGCAGCAGGGGCGGAAGAUGCUUCUGCUCAGUCUGGCAGGGGCAGGGGCAGGGGGAGGGGCAGAGGGCGCGGCCGGGGCAGGGGGUAUGGGUACAGGGGCCGUGGGGGGAGAGAUGGAGCAGGGAUGCAUACAGGAGAUGCUGCUGCUGCUGCUGCUGCUGGUGCAGGUGGCAUGGGUGUCCCUGGUGCUGGUGGUGGUGAGGGGGGUGGUGAGGGGAGUUCAGUGCAGCAUGAGGGGCAAGGAGGUAUUGUGGCUGGAGCACCCCCUUCUGGGAAUGAUCAGGACCAUCAGCAGCUGCAGGGGCAGGAGCAGGGUGGUAGGUUUGGUCGUGGGAGGGGGAGGAGCAGGGGGCGUGGCCGUGGCCACGGUCGUGGUUACUAUGCCGCCACUGGCACUGCUGCUGCUGCUGGUGAUGCGGCUGGCAGUGCUGCUGCUGUUGGUGGUGGUGGUGGUGGUGGUGGUGCUGCUGCUGCUGCUGCUGCUGCUGCUGCUCCUGAUGCUGCUGCAGGGAGCACUGCCCCUGUUGUGCCAAGCGCACCUGAUGCUGCCGCUGCGCCGGCUGCUUCUGGUGCAGUCUAGUUAAUCCAAACCCGUUCUUAGCUUGCUGACUGCCCCUGCAUGUGGGCAGUGUCAAGCACUUCUGGAGCUUGGUGGAAAGCACUAGGUCGAGUUGGUGUCAAGUCAAGCACUUCUCUUGGUUGCCACUGCAUGAUCACCACUUCUCUGGUUGAUCUAGGAUGGACAAAGGAACAAGCUAAGAGAAAAUAUAGAAUGUCAAGAUGAUUGCACAGGUGAGAUGAAAAUAUGGUACCACGAAUGGUGAAGUUCAGGUGACAACUGGAGCAGGCAGUGGUUGCAUUACCCAGUAGCAGGGUGCUUCUCCUCGCCUUUCUAACAACGC